GCCAAUCAGGAUGAACCAGAAGGCGGGCCAUCCGGCCGCAGGAAUACCCGCGAAGAGCGUGCGGAGCGGCCAUUUGCAAAAGCAGCGGGCGAGCGGAGUGCGGUCAAGAUGGCAGAGAAUGAUGUUGAGAAUGAAUUGUUGGAUUAUGAGGAGGAUGAUGAGAACCAGACCUCCACAGAACCAGCAUCAGCUCCAACUAAGAAGGAUGUGAAGGGUUCGUACGUCUCCAUUCACAGCUCUGGAUUCAGGGAUUUCUUGCUCAAACCAGAGCUGCUUCGAGCCAUUGUGGAUUGUGGCUUUGAGCAUCCCUCAGAAGUUCAACAUGAGUGCAUUCCUCAGGCCAUUCUUGGAAUGGACAUUCUCUGUCAGGCCAAAUCUGGAAUGGGAAAGACAGCUGUAUUUGUUCUUGCUACCCUGCAACAGUUGGAGGCUGUUGAUGGACAGGUGUCAGUCCUUGUUAUGUGCCAUACCAGAGAGUUGGCUUUUCAGAUUAGCAAAGAAUAUGAAAGGUUUUCGAAGUACAUGCCAAACAUCAAGGCAGCUGUAUUUUUUGGAGGCUUGUCAAUCAAAAAGGAUGAAGAUAUCCUGAAAAAGAAUUGUCCUCAUAUCGUUGUAGGAACACCAGGACGAAUCCUAGCCCUUACGCGUAGCAAGUCGCUCAAUUUGAAAUACGUCAAGCACUUUGUAUUGGAUGAGUGCGAUAAGAUGUUGGAGCAACUUGACAUGCGUAGAGACGUCCAGGAUAUUUUCCGUCUAACUCCUCAUGAAAAGCAGGUUAUGAUGUUCAGCGCCACCCUAAGCAAGGAGAUCCGUCCCGUCUGCCGCAAGUUCAUGCAGGAUCCCAUGGAGGUGUUUGUUGACGAUGAAACUAAGCUGACACUCCACGGAUUGCAGCAAUAUUAUGUUAAACUAAAGGACAAUGAGAAGAACCGAAAGUUGUUUGAUUUACUUGAUGUCCUGGAAUUUAAUCAGGUGGUGAUUUUUGUAAAGUCAGUGCAGCGCUGUGUGGCAUUGGCACAGCUGCUUGUGGAACAGAACUUCCCAGCCAUCGCCAUCCAUAGAGGAAUGGCACAGGAAGAGAGGUUGUCACGAUAUCAGCAGUUCAAAGAUUUUCAGAGACGUAUCUUGGUGGCAACAAACCUAUUUGGCCGUGGUAUGGACAUUGAACGAGUGAAUAUUGUCUUCAAUUAUGACAUGCCUGAGGACUCUGACACAUAUCUGCACAGGGUUGCACGUGCUGGUAGAUUUGGUACCAAGGGUUUGGCCAUUACCUUUGUAUCUGAUGAGACUGAUGCUAAGGUUCUGAAUGAUGUACAGGAUCGAUUUGAAGUCAAUGUUGCUGAGCUGCCAGAUGAAAUUGACAUUUCUACUUACAUUGAACAAAGCCGGUAGAGUCUGUGCUGUGAGGCCUGAACCUGUCCCGUGGAAACUUACUGCAGUUGAUUGGUCAUCUUCUGCCUACAAGAUGGGAAGAUGACUUUUAAAAUUUCUUUUGUUGAUACCUACUUUUUUAAAACUGUUUCAUGGAUUGAAAUUUGUGUGGAAGAAUUGAAGCUUUUAUACAACCUUGGAUCUGUUUUAAUUUGUUUGUAUAUUGCUCUUUCUGCCGGUCUUUACCUAAAGGUAGUUUGUUGGUUAAUAAAUCAAAUCAAUUUUUAAAAAUA